AGGGGUGAGUGUAACAGGCAGUGAGGGAGGUAGAGAAGUUGAAGGAGGGAGGGAGUGAAGGGGUGAGUGUGGCAGGCAGUGAGGGAGGUAGAGAAGUUGAAGGAGGGAGGGAGUGAAGGGGUGAGUGUGGCAGGCAGUGAGGGAGGGAGUGAAGGGGUGAGUGUAACAGGCAGUGAGGGAGGUAGAGAAGUUGAAGGAGGGAGGCACAGAGAGGAGGGAGCACUGACAGGCUCAGACAGACAGCAGAGGUCGGGCUUACUGACAGCAGAGAUGUCAACAGGCUGGAACAAGGAAGAGACAGUGUGACAGUGUCAGGAGGGAGCAGCGGGGAGAAUACUGUCAGCUGAGUUCCGGAGAGAGUGCUAUGAGCAGUGUAGAGACCGCUCAGUGAAUUCUCUGAAAUGAGCCUUGGGAAAAAACGGAGUGGAUUUCAGAUUACUAGUGUCACCAGUGAUUACCAGCCAUUGUCUCCGGUCUCCCCAAUCUCUACAGAACAUUGUCUCUCCCCAACUCCCAAUGGGCCAUGUUCCCCACCUACGUCACGAUUCCGGGUAGUGCGUUUGGACCAUGACCCUGUUGGUGCAGGUCGCAGAUACCAGAGGGGGCGUUGGUUAUGUGUGGACUUUUACCAACCCGAGACUGGAUCUCCGCAAAGGGUGGGCGCUGGACACUCUCUGGACUCAGGACUUCCACGAGCUGCCCCAAUUCUACCCAUUUUAUUAUUGUCCCCAGGAGCUGGGGGUAAAGGGCAGCAAGCACCAAGAUCCCAAGGGGCCCCGGUGUUGGGAGUAACAGAAAAAGACACAGUAAUACAGAUCACUCCCCCUGCAUCUCAGCUUCAGUCUCGUUUACUGUCCCCAGCACCGACUACACCCAGCGACUCUCAUCCCAAGCGGCCAAUUUCAGAUGUGUUUAAUGAACGACUCAUUCUUGCUCGCUCUGUUUUCGGUCUGGGAGAAGAUAGUGAGCAUGACAGCAGCUCCAGUAACAAUCUGAUAGCCAUCGACAACAAAAUCGAACAAGCUAUGGAUCUGGUUAAAACCCACCUCCUUUUUGCAGUCCGUGAAGAGGUUGAGUUUUUAAAAGAACAAAUUAAAGAUCUUACAGAACGGAACAGUCACUUGGAACAUGAGAACAAUCUCUUGCGGUCUCUUGCUACACCACAGCAGCUGACUGAAUUGCACUCUCGUAUCCAAGCAUCAAGGAAAGGUCUUUGAGCUCUAAUUCAUGGUCCAAUUGACCCCCUCCAAGGUGACUAACAGCCUCAGUUUUCUCUAACAUUGGUAAAGAAAAAUGGAAUACAGAGGAACCAUCAUACUGUGACUCAAUGAGGAGCAGUCACUCAGCAGAGAAGACUGGCUGACUCACACUCCGAACGGUACUGUCCCAGAAAACACUACUAUACAAUGAGAUGGAAUGUCUACAGAACUUGAUUAGCCACCUCCAGAACCAUCUCUUCCAAACACCUCCAAAAAUACAUCAAAGCACAGAAUGAUACAGCAGAGAGUGUGAACAGGACGUCAGCAGUGGUCAGGUGUAAGGAAUAGUGACCAACGACUGAAAAAGUACUCGGGAUCGCCAUUUAGGCCUAGAAAGGAGAUCUUUGGUUGACCAGAGUAUGACCCUCGCAUUAAGAGCGUUCUCAACUAACAAUGCCAACUAACUGCAACUGGUUAACAUAAAUGGUAACAAUAUUUAAUGUGAGUAAUUUCUGUACACAGGAAGCAUCGCUCAAGGUGGUUAUUGGGGAGAACCUAUAAUGUCCCACUCCAUAGUUUCAGCUGUUUUGUUUGUGAAUAUGUGACUAUGCAACUUUACAAGCCUGAUGAAGGCCUUCCAACUACAUGGGGAAUUGGUUAGUAUUGACUGUACCGUACGUACAUCAGUGACUAAACCUCAAACUGUAUAGUUUUCUAGUGAUUGUCUUGGUGUCUUCAGAAGUCAUUGUUAAACAUCCAAUGCCCAGGAAUGUGGGCAACCUUGAACCAGCUCAAACAUAUAGAUUAUUUAUGUGCGUAGUUUGACCUUGAAUGCAGACAUACACUAUUAGUAAAUUCCUUGCCGUAGAGUAUACUGCCUGAGAAAAUCCGGCCUCGUUCUGAGGCACUGAAUCUCCUCACUGCUACGACCUAUCGAGAUAACAGUCCAUUUAUAGAUUUAACUACAUUAGGAAUUGGUAAAUCAAGGGGCUGUGAAUCUGAGGAAGGGGCUACAAACUAAUAUCAUGCCAACUGCUAUCUUGGGUAUGGCAGAGCUUGGUUCAGCAGGAAGAAAUCCCGUGCACAGAGAUAUGACUGUAUGUGCUUAUUUCACAUGGAUAUGGCUGUAUGUGCCGAUUUCA